AUGACAACGCAGUAUAAAAAAUUUACGAAGCUGAUCGCCAAGUGGCCUUUGGAUCUUUCUAAGGGUGAUAGGGAUCUCGGGAAAAUUAUCCGGGACAAAGUUAAAGCUGCAUUUGAAACGUCAAACUCGCAGAAAUUGAAUUCUGAAUCUUGCAAUCAAUAUUAUAAUUCUUUGAAUCGGUUAGCUGACAACCAUUACAAAAACAAAUAUAAAAGAAAGCUUCACAGCUCUGCUACCGGUUUGAGCACUGAAGAGUGUAACGUGGUUUUAUCUAACGAAGUCUUAGAAUAUCUGAAGGAGGAAAAUAAGAGUUUCUUUCAAAAGAUUUUCAGGAAGGAUUCACAAUGA